CCAAAUCUCUCUCAGCCUACCACCGUCUGGCUAGGUCUUCCCCCGUCCCAGUUGUAUCGUUUUCUUGCCGGGACACACCACACCGUACCGUUUCGAGCAGCACUACAGCCGCCGUCAGAAGACUGCAGCAGUCCGCGGUCUUGCGUGACUGGCCAGCCAUGGUUAUCCCAGGACGACAGGCUGGGUUGAUGGCCAGCCAUGGUCGUAGCAGGAUAUCACGUUGGGGUGAGGCAAGUCCUCUCCGCGGUGCAUGCCUAAUCGCCUGUCCCUUGUUCGGAUGCAGUCCGAUUUCCACGGUUCAGCAUGGUCGGGAACGGUUCUCGCAAUGCACCGUUUUGGAUCACCGCGCACCAGGCCGAACCGGUUGAGGCAUCGCCAGUGCGCGACGAUUGUCUGUCAGUGCUUGGGCUACUCCGAAGUCAGCUUCUAGUAGCGUCUCUCCCCACUCAUCGCUUCUAGUAGCGUCUCUCCCCACUCAUCCUAUCUCCGGAGCCGGUCCCACCAAGGCCGCACAACUUUCGGCGGUUGUUGCGCGAAGCUACACCACUAGUACUAGGAGUACAGAUGCCGCCGCCAAAGUCGGCCGCGAUGCAGCGCCGAGCAUGGCUCGCGGCAUUCUCAGCCGCGCUUUGGCUUGUCGCGGCCGCCGUCUCCUCGUGCCACGCGGCAGACGUACCGAUCAGCGCAUUGCAAGCCGUGUUUCUCAGCGACUGCCAGAAGGCAUGGGGGACGACGAUCCCAGGGUGGUCCCAGACAGCCAGCUGUAGCGCUGCAAAAGGUCUCAUGUGUGCCCCGUCGGGCAUGAUUACGGCCAUCCGAAUGGAUUCCGCAAACAUUUCUGGUGCUAUUCCCGACAGCAUCUCCUCACUCACUGCACUGACAUGGCUAGACCUGGAAUAUAAUCAGCUUGACGGAUCUAUUCCAGCUGGAGUUGGAAACCUCCCUGCAUUGCAGUACCUAGCCCUGACGAGUAAUGAGCUUACUGGACCCAUCCCAGCUGAAAUUGGAAAUCUCCCAAACUUGAAAAAGCUAUAUAUGGGAGGCAAUCAGCUGACUGGGCCCAUUCCAGAUGUUUUUGGAAACCUCACAAACUUGGACACACUAUUUUUGGGGUUAAACUCGUUGACUGGCUCCAUUCCCAACAGCAUCACCUCACUCAAUCAGCUCUCCAUUCUUUCUUUGGCGUUCAACUCGUUGACUGGCUCCAUUCCCGACAGCUUUACCUCACUCAAUCAGCUCUCCUCUCUUUCUUUGGCGUCGAACUCGUUGACUGGCUCCAUUCCUAACAGUAUCACCUCACUCAAUCAGCUCUUCCUUCUAGAUCUGUCUGCGAAUCAGCUUUCGGGGCCCAUCCCAGCUGGAAUUGGAAACCUCACAAACUUGAAGGCACUGGGUCUCUCAAACAACUCCUUGAUUGGCUCCCUUCCCAACAGCAUCACCUCGCUCAUUCGCCUCUCCCAGCUAUAUGUGGCAAUGAAUCAGCUUAUCGGUCCCAUCCCUCAUGGAAUUGGAAACCUCUAUAUGCUGACCUGGCUGGAUCUCUCGUCCAACAGUAUCACUGGCUCCAUUCCCAGCAGCAUCACCUCGCUCACUCAACUCGUUUUUCUAAAUAUAGGCGGGAAUCUCUUGGAUGGAUCCAUUCCAGACUCUCUUGACUCGAUGGUCGUGUUGAUGAAUCUAAAUAUGAGUGGAAACCACUUGAAAGGGUCCAUUCCAACUACUCUUGGCAGCAUGGGCAGCUUGAAGUUUCUGUACAUGAAUGAUAACCAGCUCACUGGGAGCAUUCCGGGCUUCAUCAACCCAAUGAAUCUGACUGAACUGCUCCUCAUAUUCGACUGGGCGUUGUCAGCUUUGCCACGAUGUCAAGAUUGUAAUGUUGGUGUUGAGUGGGAAUCAGCUGAGCGGCCUCAUCCCCCCUCUAUUCAUUCCUGCGAACAGCUUCAACGUCUGUGGCUCGACAACAAUUCGCUGAGCGGGAUCCUUCCAUACUCUCUUGAGGUCAUGUCUCAGCUUACCUCCUUGAGAAUCAAUGACACGAGCCUCAACGGAACGUUGCCAACGUUUCUUGGGAGUUUCAGUUCCCUCGAUUCACUGUACGUGAAGCACUAGCCAUCCACCACAUGGUCCGCACCGCCCAUGGCAUGGAGCUAUGCAUGGUGGGUGCAGAGCAUGUUUGCUACAAAUCGUAGGUGAUUUUUGAGUCGACUCAAAAAGCAUGUUUGCUACAAAUCGGAAACAGCAUCUGAGGCUCUUCAAACUGACCAAAUCUUUGUGGCAAAGUGUGCUGGGAGAUGUUGAAGAUGGUAGGUAGGUAUGGCUACGGGUAGGAGCACAUCGCAAAAAUAUUGUGUGCAAAAUGUGUCUGAAAAGUGUCUAGACUAACACAAACCGGUCACUUUUCAAAGCACCCUGCAGUGUCUCUGUUGGGUCUUGGUGUGUCACACAGAACGAACACAAAUUGAACACUUUUUCUGGAUCCGAAAUGUGUCCGAAAUGACUCUUGCCUGAAUAACAUUUCUACAUUGCCCGUUCAUUCGCUACACCAUUCAAUACACGCAAAAUGUUCAUGAAACUCUUACUUAUAAGCAAUGUUAUUACAAACCAAGGCGUACGAAAAAUACAAUUACAACAAAGCGGCUAACUACUAGUGCAGAAGCACAAAGAGCUCAUUUGUCAGCCAUAUUAUGCCAAUGCCAAGGGCUUCAAACAACAUCACCUGCGUGCAAAACAGAAGUACGUGACAUUAGGCCAAGGUGCAAAACGCCGAUUUUUUUUAACAAUCCCGUGUAGACAUGAGCAACGAGGCGAGCAACGAGACGAGGUGCAUUGGGAGGCAAAUAGGUCUGUAGGGCGACCAUUAGAGCCACUCCAAGCACGCCUGUUAAAAGCCAGCAA